UGGUGACCAAAUGCACCUUUGGGUAUCAAACGUCGUUGCAUUAUGUGAUGAUUAUGUGACGUUAUAUACAUUCCACGACCGAAUGACGACGGAAUGACGAUAAAACAUAUAUUCAGGCACAUGUGGUAUCAGAUGGCCAUAUAGUGUUCAAAACACAAAACACCAAAGAAGCCUUCUGCAACAGGUGAUACACCAAUAAUCGAAACGAUUGGCACUGAUAUCGAGAUAAUAUGAAUGUGCACAGUGUUACUGAACGUGAAUCUCACCGGCUACCAAUGCCUUUCCGCGCCAGGGAGACCGUGAUACGAGAUACUGAUAACAUAAGUGGACUGUUUGACGCUGUACGGAAAAAGAUUUUUCAUCGCACUAGGACGUCAACCAUACGAGUGGGCGCGUCCUUGUUUGUUACUUCAUCAAAGCGUGAUGGAUCCGCAGCUCUCCCUGUGA